CGGCCCCGCCCCUCGGUGGUACGUCGAGGUCCCAGAAAGGCUUUGCCUCACUCGCGGGCAGCACUGGGACUACAUCUUUGUGUGAGGUACUCGUGCGGCAGGAUGAGUGCAGGUUCGGACUCCGUGGUCAUCGUCUCAGCAGCGCGGACCGUCAUAGGCUCCUUCAAUGGUGCCUUGUCCACCGUUCCUGUGUAUGACCUGGGCUCAGCUGUCAUCAAAGAAGUCCUGAAGAGGGCCGCUGUGGCUCCCAAAGAUGUGUCAGAGGUUAUAUUUGGACACGUUUUGGCAGCAGGUUGUGGACAGAAUCCUGCUCGACAAGCCAGUAUGGGAGCAGGGAUCCCCUACUCUGUUCCAGCGUGGAGCUGCCAAAUGGUUUGUGGGUCGGGCCUGAAAGCUGUUUGCCUUGCAGCCCAGUCAAUAAUGGUUGGAGACUCCAGCAUUGUGGUUGCAGGAGGCAUGGAGAAUAUGAGCAAGGCUCCUCACUUGGCAUACUUGAGGGCAGGAGUCCGGAUUGGAGAAACACCGCUGACCGACAGUAUCCUCCAUGAUGGGCUUACAGACGCCUUUCUCAACUACCACAUGGGCAUUACCGCUGAAAACGUAGCCAAAAAAUGGCAAGUGAGUAGAGAAGAUCAGGACAAGUUUGCACUUCUGUCCCAGAACAGGACAGAGAGUGCGCAGAAGGCUGGCCAUUUUGACAAAGAGAUUGUACCAGUUUUUGUGUCUUCUAGAAAAGGUCUUACUGAAGUUAAAACGGAUGAGUUUCCUCACCAUGGGAGCAACAUAGAAGCCAUGUCUAAACUGAAGCCGUACUUCCUCACAGAUGGGACAGGGACAGUCACCCCAGCAAAUGCUUCAGGAAUCAAUGAUGGUGCUGCGGCUGUGGUUCUCAUGAAGAAGUCAGAAGCUGAUAACCGUGGGCUCACGCCUUUAGGGCAGAUUGUUUCCUGGUCACAAGUAGGCGUGGAGCCUUCCAUUAUGGGAAUAGGACCAAUUCCAGCAAUAAAGCAAGCCGUUGCGAAAGCAGGUUGGUCACUGGAGGAUGUGGACGUGUUUGAAAUCAAUGAAGCCUUUGCAGCUCUCUCUGUUGCAAUAGUUAAAGAACUUGGCUUAGACCCAGAGAAGGUCAACAUUCAAGGAGGGGCUAUCGCCCUGGGCCAUCCUCUCGGAGCAUCUGGCUGCCGCAUUCUUGUCACCCUGCUGCACACGCUGGAGCGAAAGGGUGGCCGUCGUGGUGUUGCUGCCCUGUGCAUCGGGGGUGGGAUGGGCAUUGCAAUGUGUGUGCAGAGAGAGUGAAGCUGCUUACGAGUCACGCUUACACUGAACUGGAGCCUCACUUCUUUCUGAAUAAGGCACUAAAUUAAUUAUACUGUGAAAUCAGAGGACCAAUGUGAGGAGGAUGUAAGUCACCUCCCACUUCACAAGAACCCAAGGCUCAUGACAGCUCAUUGUAUUUUAAUGUGUCAUAUGCAAGGUGUACAAGACAACUGCAGCUAACAUUGCUAUAAAUAAAACAUGACUGAUCAGUCAUCAAGG